GUGCGACCCGUCGAUCAGUCAGCGGCCAAGAGAAGAAAAAAAGGAAAAGAGGGCAAAAAGGCGAAGCCUGAAAGCGCGACGCGUGCAGCCGAUGUACCGCUCCGUUCAAACAUGGAGAGCGACACCGCGGUCAGGAGAAUAAAACCCUUCGCGACGCAGAGCUACUCGGCGCCAGAUAACGACGGUUCCCGAGACCGGUGCGCCGACAACGGCUACAGCGGCGACCCGAAGAGGAAGCCCGAAGUGAGCCUGUACCUGCUGCGGGAAGGACUGGCGGCUUCUCUGGUCACCGUGUUUAUUUUGGUGCUGUGGGGACUCGUUCAACUGUCUUUACAGCAGCUCGUCAUCGGAAAGCCGAGCGGCGAGUUCAACGCCGUGAGAGCCAGACGGCACUUGGAGGAGAUCACCAGCGUGGGCCCCCGUCCCGUGGGCAGCCCCGAGAACGAAGUCCUGACGGUGGACUAUUUGUUGGAGCAGAUCGAGACCAUCCGGGUGGAGUCGGCGGCGGGGCCCCAUCAGCUCGCGGUGGACGUGCAGCGGCCCACCGGCACCUUCUCCAUCGACUUUCUAGGGGGCUUCACCAGCUACUAUGACCGGGUCACCAACAUCGCCGUCAGGCUGGAGCCCAAAGGGGGAGCGCAGCACCUCAUGCUCGCCAACUGCCACUUUGACACGGUGGCCAACAGUCCAGGUGCCAGUGAUGACGCAGUGAGCUGUGCAGUCAUGCUGGAGGUCCUACAUUCGUUGGCCAAUCAAUCUACUCCUCUUCUUCAUGGAGUGGUCUUCCUCUUUAACGGGGCAGAGGAAAAUAUUCUCCAGGCCAGUCACGGUUUCAUUACUCAGCAUCCGUGGGCCAAGCAGGUGCGAGCCUUUAUUAACUUGGAGGCUGCAGGUGUUGGCGGCAAGGAGGUUGUUUUUCAGACAGGUCCAGAGAACCCGUGGCUGGUCCAGGCCUACGUCCAUGCAGCCAAACACCCCUUUGCCUCCGUCGUUGGCCAAGAGGUCUUUCAGAGUGGCAUCAUCCCGUCUGACACCGACUUCCGCAUCUACAGAGACUUUGGUAACAUCCCAGGAAUUGAUCUGGCUUUCAUUGAAAACGGUUUCAUCUAUCACACCAAGCACGACACUUCCGACAGGAUCCUGACCGACUCGAUACAGAGAGCCGGCGACAACAUCCUGGCGGUGCUGAGGCACCUGGUGAUGUCCGAGAAGCUGGCAGACUCCUCCGAGUAUCGCCAUGGCAACAUGGUCUUCUUUGACCUGCUGGGGGUGGUUGUGGUGGCCUACCCGGCCCGCGUCGGCACCAUCCUCAAUUACAUGGUAGCCGCAGCGAGCUUCCUCUAUCUGGCCAAGAAAGCCUCACAACCAGGCAACGGGGGUGGGCGGUACGUUCGAGACCUGGCCUGCGCCACGGGCGUGGCGCUCCUGAGUUGGUUCGUCACGCUGAUGUCGGUGCUGAUUGUCGCGCUGCUCGUCACUCUGCUGGGCCGCUCAAUGUUUUGGUACAACCACUUCUACGCCUCAAUCUGCCUGUAUGGGACUGCUGCCUCGGGCAAGAUAAUCCUCAUUCACACGCUGGCCAAGAACUUGUACUACGGAGGAGUCCGUUUGGUGGGGCUGGGGGAUCUCUACUUUGACGUGAGCUUGUUGCUGUGGUGCUGCAGCCUGGUGUGGCUCACCCAGCAGGGCCUGUGUUCCGCCUAUGUGCCCAUGCUAAUGGUGGCCUUCCCUCUGCUCACCAAGCUGCUGCUGGCCAAGGAAUUCAAACACAGAGGAGCCUCGAUGAAGUACAGCGUGCUCUAUUUGUUGGGCCUGACGUUGCCGUACGUCCACUUCAUGUUCCUCAUCUGGGUGGUGUUUGAGAUUUUCACUCCCAUCAUGGGGCGCAGCGGAACCGAGAUCCCCCCCGAGGUGGUGAUGGCCACCCUGGUCACCCUGGCAACCAUCUUCAUCUCCUCCUUUUUUCUGCAUUUCAUCUACUUGGCGCGGAGCACGAAGUGGAUCCUGGCCGGUCUGGGCUCGGUCUUCGUCUUCACGUUCCUGUUGAUGUCCUGUGGCCUCCUCUUCCCUUACUCCGGCAGUGCGGACAGCCCGCGGCCAAAACGAGUCUUCCUGCAGCAUACGACGCGGACGUUCCACAAUCUCCGGGGCCAGGUGGAGAGCCAGGACUCGGGUCUGUGGAUCAACAGCUUCGACUACACGGGCAUCCAGCACAUCACGCCCCUCAUCCCCGAGAUCAACGACAGCGUCCGCACCAGCUGCAGAGAGGACCGACCGUUCUGCGGUUACCCCUGGUUUCUGCCCGUGAAGUUCCUCAGCAAGAAGAACUGGUACCUCCCCGCGCCGGAAGUGUCUCCCAGCGCACCGGUCGAGUUCAGCCUGCUGUCCAGAGAGGAGACCAGCUGGGGGACGAUCAAGAUGACCUUCAGUGUGAAAGGUCCCUGCCACAUGUCCCUCUACCUGAUGCCUCACCGAGGAGCCAGUCUCUCCACCUGGUCCUUCGGGGACGGCACCCCUCAGUUCGACCUGAGCGGGGAAUAUUUUGUCUUCUAUUCCCACGGCCUCGACGCCCCCACGUGGAUCUUCUGGUUUGAAAUCCAGCCUCCCAGGGACCCGGACCCGUCGGGCCCCGAGGGGAUGAUCUCCGUCGCCAUCUCCACCCACUAUUUCUUUGGGCGAGACAGUAGGACUGCUCAGCUGGAGGAAGUCCUCCGCAGGUUCCCCACGUGGUCUUUCCCUUCAUCUUGGGUCAGUACCUACGACAUGUACCGAUACUGAGGAAUGCCGCGCAGCCACAGGAAAGCCGAGGGGGCGCCGGAGGGGUUUGCAGCCCCCCCUCCCUCCCCUCCCCGCCUCCCCUCUGUGAGAAGGACUGAUAAAGAUUUUCAAGGAACAAUACAGCGGACGAGCCUUGACGCCUUUCCCUCUCUCCCCCCCCCAUCCUUCCAACCGGGCCGAGAGUCGGCUUAGUAGCUCCCCGAGCAGGAGGACGCGGUGAGACACGCCGCCGACUAACUGUGUGAAGUCUGUUUUUUAAACUUUUUUAUUUACUGAGGCUUAACAACAUCUAACCCCCCCCCCCCUCACUUUCUCUCCUCCUUCCUCUUUCUCUCUUUCUGAAUAAUGUUGCUCAUCUACUUCCCCUGAACGCACCACCACUAUCCGCACUGCAGGUGUAGUAACACACUGACGGGUCCGUUCCAAAGGGGGGGGGGUUAUUGUCCGACUUUAUCUGGAAACUUUGACACUUUUAACACUCACGCGCCCUGGUUUUGUUGUGUAAACGAUUCCUCAAUAACACCACUCGGUAGUUUCCCCCUCUGCCCUUGAGCUGUCGGAGAAUCUGCCACGCCGAGAAAGAAACAGGCCGGCUAAAUAAAUAAAAUAAAAACCUCAACGUGACCUUGUCUGAGGCGCCUUCGCUUUCCUGAGCGUCUUUGUGCCGAGGGGCAAGUUUUUUUUUUUUCCACCUGAUGGAAAUUUGCUGUUAGACAAACGUGUAACGACUUCGUGCUCGAUCAGACUCGCGGGGCAACGAGGACUUGUGGCGCUGCAAAUGCAUCGUGAUGUCAGAUCAUUAACCAAGCCUUGUGGGCAACUUGGAGGGGGGGGGCGAGGAAACCAGCAAUACAACUCCACACACUCAUUAACAGCGUCCGUGCCGGUCAGCUUGGGGCCGGAUAUUUUAACUACUGUAAAAGGAUUCGUAGUUCGUUCAGGACUUGACCUCUGCUACGUGCCAAGAGCGGUUUCCAACAGCACCGAUGAACGUAUUUAAAUGUUCAAAUGAUUAACCGAAGGACAAGAACUGACCUGUAAAAUAAAAGUCUUUAAAUACAGAUCAAAGAUUCGUAAAAAUGACCUCUGCUUCGGGCGCAGGUUGAAGCAUGACGGCUGUUGGACAUUCUGCAGGGAAGUUGUAGUCAUCUGCUGUAUUUCCUCUCCCCUUCUAGUCGACGUAGCGAGGAAUACUUGCGCAUUGGUGCUGCUGUUUACUCAUUUUGGGGUGUGUUGCUAAUAUUUCUUAGACAUCCCUACUUUUUUUUUCUCCUCCCCUGGACCACGAGCACAAUCCAGUUAACGUAUGCCCUCCUUUAGAGUCCACUUCACACAGUCGACCCCGCAGACGCUCGGCUAACGAGGCCUUCCGACCGCUUUCAGUCACCACUACCUCCACAACAACCUAAAAGUCGGCUACGGCUGCGAACGCGUUCGUAAAAACUAGUUUGAAUGUUAUUCUGGGAAAGUUUUAAAGCACCGUCCCGUUCGCCCGUGCCUCUGCUGACUAAGUAGCUCUGACGGUUCCCUUCAUAUUGGAAUGGCCCAAAAAAAAAGCUGUCUCCUCGGAUCAGCUGAGCAAACUCGUCUUUUCGUCCACUCUGUAACCCCAGAUGCCAGCCGGGGCCUUUUAACGUUGCGCUCCCUAAAGACGCACAACGUGUUUACUGUGGUGCACACAAACGUCUCGGUGGUCUCGACGGCGUCGGGGUACAAAGUGCAACAGGAAAUCCAUCCCGGCCUUUACGACAACACUUGAAAAACCGGUCGCCCUACUAUGCUCCUUUUUUUUCUUAAACGUUCAACCAAAAGUCCUUAAAGAAGCCGACUGCAUCUGCUGAGGAGGACGGUGGGACACGAUUGAAAGCUGCGCAGCAUGUGGGGGUUUUUGUAUGUAGAUGUCUCCUCAGUGCACAAACACUGAGACUGGUUUAAAUCUGUUUCUUUGUAGGUGCUCCAAUUGAUAUGCAGAGUGUUUAUGGGAGAAACGUCUGUGAAGUGAAGUGGCAGUGUUUCGUUUUUAGACUCUGCAGGAAAGCGUAGAAUACAAGUUAAAAAAAUAAAAAAAGCUUUUUUACAUUUCCAACCACGUAACAGUGUGUUGUUUAUGGUUAUGACAAAUUGGGUCGACCAUCGAAGAACAAAGGGUGUGAUUGUUUCAUUCUAAAGCACCAACAUGGGAGCAGCUGCUUUGAAUGUGACCACGGGAAAGAAAGGAAGGAAGGAGGAAAGAAACUCGUUUUAAUUGUUUGCGAAAGAAUCUGUGUUGAUGUAACCGAAGUGAAGACUAAGCGCUGUGCAGUGUGUAUUUGUUCUGUGUGUGUACACACACACUGAUCGGAGCUUUAUCUUCAACUCAUGUUUACUCAAGUUUUCAUAUCAGCUUGAGAAAUAAGCAGUUUAACUGAAAUCUGUUCUGGGAUACAAAUUGAAAUGUCUUAACGCCUGUUGUUCAAGUCCGUUCUCUUUUUUUUAAAAAGAUGUUCAAUUUGUUAACACUGUUAUUGUUGCCUGAACGGUUUGUAGUCCGAAAUCUCCACCCAUGACUUAACAGUUCGGUUUUUGUUCUGGAAGUCAAAUUAAGAGGUGACUGAAAUGUAAUUGUUUUGAUUCGUCACUUAAAACAUGUUCAACCGCUGUUUUGCUUUUUAAAAAUUGCAUAUUUGUCCUGUCAAUAUGAAUCAAGUGAUUGAUGUGGUGACAGGGUAUCCAUGUGUUGAAUGGAUGGGAUGAUUCAACAUUAUGCAUAAAGAAGCUUGAAUUAAAUUGGCACUUGUACAGCAAUUAAUGUUUA